UCCUGUUUCAGCCAUGGAUCAGAAACAAGAUGAAGUGUCACAAAAAUCGGCAGAAAAGGAAAAUUCAAGAUCGAAUUGGGACAGUCCAGUUGAAUUUGUCCUUUCCUGCUUGAAUUAUGCCAUAGGCUUGGGAAAUGUGUGGAGAUUUCCAUAUUUAUGUUACAGCAAUGGAGGUGGUGCCUUUCUGCUGGCUUACUUCAUUAUGCUUGUUCUAAUGGGAACGCCGAUAUUUCUCCUGGAAUUGCUUAUAGGUCAAUAUUCUGGAUUAGGGCCAGAUAUGGCUUUCAGGCAUAUAGCUCCCAUUUUUACUGGCUUAGGAUAUUGCUGUCUUUUGGUCGUAUUCUUCAUCACCGUCUAUUACAUGAUGAUAGUCUCUUGGACUAUAUUCUAUUUUUUCGCUUCAUUUACCAAAGAUUUAGGAUAUGGACGAUGCAAUCACGAAUUUAAUACUUUAGGUUGUUAUAGUGCUUUAGAGGAAGCGAGAUGCUCAAUGAACGAAACAUGGUACGCCAAAGAUUGUAUGAAUACAGAAGAACUUUGCCAGGGAUUUGGUAUGGUUGAUGCUACUAACAGAACCUAUUGUUACAAUGGUACCGCGGAUGUCUCUAUUUAUAAUUUGGUCAACAGGACUUUAGCUAGUUCAGAGUACUUUAGAGAAUAUGUUUUGGGUAUUGGAGAUGCGACAUGGGAGAAUUUUGGGGGCAUGAGAUGGGAAAUUUUUGGCUGUUUGAUAUUCUCCUGGGUGGUCUGCUAUCUGGCCGUACUCAAGGGCGUAAAGACAUCGGGAAAAGUUGUCUAUUUUACCGUAUUGUUUCCCUAUUUCAUUCUGACCGCCCUCGUUAUCCAAGGAGCCAUAUUGCCAGGAGCCAAAGACGGCAUUUUACUUUACCUAAGACCUGAUUGGAAUAAACUAACGGAUGUUAAUCUGUGGGCUUCCGCCGCAUCCCAAACGUUCUAUUCUUUUGGCAUUGCUUGCGGUUCUCUAAUAACGCUAGCCUCCUACAACAAUUUCAAGAACAACUGCAUUAGGGACGCUGUAAUUGUCAGUUUUACCAACGCCUUCACGUCAGUGUACGCAGGGUUUGCGAUCUUUUCCAUGUUAGGCUACCUGGCCAAUCAGAUGGAUUUGCCAGUCGAAGAAGUAGCCGAUGCCGGACCUGGCCUAGCAUUUAUAGCAUAUCCGGAAGCUAUAUUAAGGCUCCCCGCUUCGACCGUUUGGUCACUCAUGUUCUUUUUCAUGCUGUUUAUUCUUGGAUUGGGCACGCAAUUCGCCGGUGUCGAAGCUAUAAGCUGCAGUAUUAUGGAUAAGUGGACGCAUCUGAGACAGUACAAAUCUUAUAUCAAUUUAAUUAUAUGCACCGUUUGCUUCAUACUCGCCAUCCCUAUGUGUUUCUCCGGUGGAGUAUAUUUAUUUACCCUUAUGGAGUGGAACACAGCAUCCUGGGCUAUAAUGUUGAUAGGUUUCGCGGAGGUUGUAGCCAUAUCAUGGUGCUACGGCUGUCUCAAAUUUAUCGGUCACAUGACCCACAUGGAGAUGAGCAUGAGGGCACUAUGGAAGGGUUAUUGGUGGACGUCUUGGGUUAUCGUAACACCCGUAACUCUUUUGGGAAUUUUUGUAUUCCAAAUGGUGGAUUACUCGCCAGCUUCGUACGAGGGCUACGUAUUUCCCGUGUGGGCCGAUGUUUUGGGUCUCUUAAUCGGACUAACUACGUUGGUGCCCUUUAUUUUCGGUUUAGUUUAUGUUUUCUGGAGGACGGAACAUCGGGGAAAAGCUUUGUUCCAGAACACUACAAAAUGGGGAGCGCAAGGAGCAGUUGCGGACAGUCAAUGGUCUCUCACACCGAAAGAGGGCACGGAAUAACUUGUCCAUGGCGUAGUUUUGUAAAUAAAAAUCUUUAGAAA